UCUACAAGCUCGUACAUGAAUUUCAUUUCAGAUAUCAAACAGGGAGGAUUCUUGUACAUCCUUUUGAAACUCCAUUUUAUUCAGCAUUUCAAGGAGAGAAGCCAAUAUUUCUCUCUUGUGGAGUGAAUUUUACUUUUUCUCGACUAGAACCAUGAAACAAGACAAACAGAGCCGAAAACCCGUCGGCAGUCAAUUAUGUUCGGCGUCCGCAUUGCUGUUAUCAAUUAUGUGUUGUAUUGCUCUUGUUCAUGUGGAACUCAAGAUUCAAAAACAUCAUCGGCUGCUAUCGCUUUCACAAUCGACAACAUUUUGCGAUAAGCUGGAGAAAGAGAUUAUGCGUAAGGUUCAAAAGAAUUUCAAAGAAUGGACAGUAAAGACAGACGACAGAAACUUGGGGGUAAGGUUAGGCCGAGCCGAAAGGAUGUCACGAAAACCUCGUAGCGUGACGUCCGCGACACCCAAACAAACAACUGUUGACGUCCAGAAACUCGUCAGAGAUGAGCUUCGCCAGCUGCGGGACCAAAUCUGCGCCAAAGAUCACGCGCUAUGCCGUUCGGGCCCCAAGGGGAACCCGGGUCGCCGCGGACGACAAGGCUUACGUGGCAGAGCAGGGAAACCUGGAUCCCAGGGGUCCCCGGGUAAGCAUGGGCCCUCCGGUCCGCAAGGACCCCCAGGAGUAAAAGGAAAUACGGGACCUCCUGGAGAUCAGGGACCACCAGGACCUAGAGGGCCCCAGGGAGUGAAGGGAGAUAGGGGCAUGUCUAUCUCUGCCCCGUAUUUACUUGAGUCCCCAGUUGAAUCAACGGUCAAUGAAGGUUAAACAGCAUUUUUAAAAUGUGCAGCAUCCGGUCACCCUACUCCACGUGUCACAUGGUCCAAGAUUAACUCGUCACUCCUCCUUGGGCGCCACGUGAUAGAGUCCAAUGGCGCUUUGACGGUGAGAAACGUGAAAAAGGAGGACAAUGGAAUCUAUAGUUGUAAAGCACAAAAUGUGCUGGGAAGUGUGAGCACAUCGGCAAAAUUAACAGUGCAAUAUUCUCCCCGCAUCACUUUACCUUCCAGUCAGCGGCUGGCUGAAGAACAACAAAAUGUCAUUAUGGCCUGCGAUACGUCUGGUCAGCCGCAGCCUAACAUCGCGUGGUCUAGGACGCUCGACAGCUUACCUGGUAGGGCGGCUGUAGAGAAUGGAGACUUGAGAAUCUACAAUGUGUCAAAAAACGACGGAGGCAUGUACAUUUGCAAGGCAGAGAAUAUUCUCGGAAAAGCUGUGAAAACAAUUCAGUUGAUGAUACUCUCUCGUCUACGAUUUAAAGUACAUCCUCCAAAACAGCUCACCGUUUUGAUAGGGAGUCCUGUGCAGAUACCGUGUAUGGCCGAGGGAGGCCUGAGACCCUCAGUCACCUGGAUGAAGGAUGGCAAGACAUCACUUCCGGUGGAUUCCAAUAUUUUACCCAACAACACUAUGGACAUCUCAAAAGUAAAGAAAUCCCACGAUGGAUUGUACACCUGCAAAGCGACCAAUGCUCUGUCAGCAAUAGAAAUGAGUGUUAAGGUUAACUCAAUUGAGCCUCUUUCAUGUUCUAUGCUACGAAAAUACGGCAGUAUUUCUAACGGCAUUUACGUCAUUGACCCAGAUGGCGAGGGCGGCCUGGCACCUUUCACUGUCUACUGUGACAUGAGUGACAAGAAUGGAGUUGGCGUGACAGUUGUAAGUCACGACAGCGAAAGUAGAACACUAGUAGAUGGAUAUGAUAGUGAAGGUUCAUACUCACGCAGAAUUCACUACCCAGGAGCAAGUCUGUCCCAGCUGGCCAGUCUGACAGAGGUCUCUUCUCACUGCGAACAAUUCGUUAAAUAUGAAUGUUACCACUCUUUAAUUUUGGAAUCAAACUAUGGAUGGUGGGUGUCACGUGAUUCCCGUGCAAUGCGGUACUGGGGUGGAGCCUCUCCCAGUAGUCAAAAGUGCGCAUGCGGAAUGACCAAUUCGUGUGCUGAAUUUGGUAAACGAUGCAAUUGUGACAAGAAUGACGCUACAUGGCGCGAGGACAGCGGCUUGCUUACUGAUAAGGUAGCACUUCCAGUAAGAGAGCUAAGGUUUGGAGAUACAGGUACUUAUCCCCUGAGUUAUGGGUAUAAGAUCGACGAGAGGGGCUAUCACACAUUAGGAAAACUGAAGUGUUAUGGAAUAACUAACAAGCAGAAGUGCCCUAAAGGGAACCCGGGUCGCCGCGGGAGACAAGGCCUCCGUGGUAGACCAGGGAGACCUGGACCCCAGGGAUCCCCGGGUAAGCAUGGCCCCUCCGGACCGCAAGGACCUCUGGGGGUAAAAGGGGAUUCGGGUCCUCCUGGAGAUCAAGGACCACAAGGACCUAGAGGACCCAAGGGAGUCAAGGGAGAUAGAGGCAUGUCUAUCUCGGCCCCUAAUAUCCAAGAGUUAUCGGCUGAGAAAACAGUCAAUGAAGGUCAAACAGCACUCUUGAAAUGUUCAGCAUCCGGUCACCCGACUCCAAGUGUCACAUGGUCCAAGAUUCACACUUCACUUCCAUUUGGGCGUCAUGUGAUAGUGUCUAAUUCUCCUCGAAUCACUCUGCCUUCCAAUCGAGGGAUGGCUGAAGAGCAACAAAAUGUCACUAUCGCUUGCAGUGUAGCUGGUCAGCCGCAGCCUGCAAUCACGUGGUCUAAAGCGAUCGGGGGUUUACCUGAAAGGAUAACUGUGGUGAAUGGAGUCAUGAAAAUCCACAAUGUGACAAAGAACGACGGAGGAACUUAUGCGUGUAAAGCAGAGAAUAAACUCGGGACAGCAAUGAAAACAGUUCUUUUGAUGAUAUUCUCUCCUCUGCGGUUUAGAGUUCGUCCCCCAAAACAACUUAGUGCUCCGAUUGGGAGUCUGGUACAGAUACCGUGUGUGACCGAGAGUGACUUGCGAGCCUCAAUCACGUGGAUGAAGGAUGGCAAGCCGUCACUUCCGGUAGAAUCCAAUAUCCUACAAAACAACACUCUCGUUAUAUCCAACAUCAAGAAAUCCCAUGAAGGGUCAUAUAAAUGUAAAGCUGCUGAUGGUCUGUCAACAAUAGAAACAAGUGUUGAAUUUAAAGUAGGUAACCUUACCUCAUGUUCGGUGAUACGGAAAUACGUCAGUAGCUCUAGUGGUAGUUACCUCAUUGACCCUGAUGGUCCCAGUGGCCUGGCGCCAUUCACCGUCUAUUGUAACAUGAGUGACAAGAGUGGAGUUGGCGUGACAGUUAUUAGUCACGACAGUCAAAGUAGAACACUGGUAGAUGGAUAUGAUAGUCCUGGUUCAUACUCACACAGCAUUCACUACUCAGGAGCAAUUCUGUCCCAGCUGGCCAGUCUGACUGAGGUCUCUUCGCACUGUGAACAAUUCGUCAAAUACGAGAGUUACCACUCUUUGCUUUUGAAUUCAAACCAUGGAUGGUGGGUGUCACGUGAUUCUGGAACGAUGCAGUAUUGGGGUGGAGCAUCUCCUGGUAGUCAAAAGUGUGCAUGCGGAAUGACCAACUCGUGUGCUGAUUCCAGUCUACGCUGCAAUUGUGACAAAAACGAUGGCACAUGGCGCGAGGACAGUGGUCUUCGCACCGACAAGUCAAAGCUACGUAUUAAGGAACUAAGGUUUGGAGAUACCACGACAUUCAGCAGUUUUGACGAGAAGGGCUAUCAUACUCUUGGAAAACUGAGAUGCUAUGGAAUAGCUUACCAUUGAAAACGUUUUAUGACGAUUAUUUUCUGUUCAUACAGCAGACAGCAUCGGAGGUGAAAGAGUCUCUUUAAAUGAAGUGAAACAUCUACGGUAUCUGUAAUAGUCCUUUUGACAGUUGUGGGCUUGGUGGCCAAGCCU